AGGCAGAUCGGUUGGGUAUUGGCAUGGAAACGUCGCUCUUGUUUACAAUUGACCCUAAAGUUGCAUUUCCCCGACGAGCACAGCCUAAGAUGGUCACAAGAACAAAGAAAAUAUUUGUAGGUGGAUUAUCGGCUAAUACAGUAGUGGAAGACGUAAAGCAAUACUUUGAACAGUUUGGCAAGGUAGAGGACGCCAUGCUUAUGUUUGACAAGACGACCAACAGGCAUAGAGGAUUUGGCUUCGUAACUUUUGAAAAUGAAGACGUGGUGGAAAAAGUCUGUGAAAUUCAUUUCCACGAAAUCAAUAAUAAAAUGGUAGAAUGUAAGAAAGCACAACCUAAAGAAGUGAUGUUUCCACCAGGGACGAGAGGAAGGGCACGUGGAUUACCGUAUACCAUGGACGCUUUUAUGCUAGGGAUGGGAAUGUUGGGUUACCCGAAUUUUGUUGCAACGUAUGGCCGAGGAUAUCCUGGAUUUGCCCCAAGUUACAGCUAUCAGUUCCCAGCCCUAUUACCAUAUUUAAAUGCAAGUUUUCCGGCAGCGGCUUAUGGACCAGUAGCAGCGGCAGCCGUGGCGGCAGCAAGAGGAUCAGAAAACUGAAAAAGAAGCAGUGGAGUUUUUCCUUGCAGCAGAUGUUAGCAUGCAUCUGGCUCUGGAUUAGCUUGAGGAGCGUGGUGGAUUAGUAGUUGCCAGAGAAUGCAAAAUUGGUCUGCAGGUAUAUAAACUUGAGCUGUUUCACCAUAAUAAACUCACAUGGCUGGGUCUUUUUGAGGGUAUUUCCUGAUAGUUGAGAGACCAGAGCUUUGUGCCAUGAGGACUCUCAUGUGUCCGUGCCCAAAUCCUCCCCUGCCGAGGGCUGGCUAUUAGCUGACAGCGGAGCUGGUGCCCCCAGCUCUCCCUCAGACCCCGUCCGCUGGGCAGCAGCUUCCCUCGGUGUUCCCUCACCGAGGAGCUCAGGCUUUCCCGAGGGGGGUGUUACUACCGGCCACGCGUGCCGUGGAGGACCCCUCACUCCACCUUGCUCGGCCGUGACCUCGGAGGGCCCAGCACCUCUCCCUGUGCAGCGCCUGGGCAGACUCUCCUGCAGGAGAGGAUCAUUGCACGGAAGGGUUUUGCGGGCUGGAUUUCUCUUCCGUUACCCAGAUAACACCCCUGUGCUCCCGAGCAUCCGUCCAGCCCACGGGGAUCCAGCAGCAGCGGGAAGGUGUCCCCUGGGCAGUGCCCUCCUGCUACGGCAACUUAAAAUAUGCAGCAAAACAAAGACACGGUUUUGUUUUAAUUUUCCUCCUGUAUUGUCUGUUAUUGUACAAAAGGCUUCAAUUUUAAAUUAACAGGAGUGAUAGCCAGUUAAUGUGGUACAGUGGGAGGCCGGAGUUUCUGUUGCUAUGGCAAUGGAGUUCGGCUCAUUUGUUUUGUAGAUGAGUAAUUACUACGCAAUUAGAGUAGGCUAAAAAUAAAGGGGCCUUUUGUUCCCUGUUACUCAUUAAUAUUAAUAAAAGACCUGUCCGGGCUGUGGUAAACAAUUAAUGCAGAUGUGGUUGCCCAUGGUAGAAGUAGCAACAGCUUUUCGUGUUACCCAGCGCGAGGUGAAAGCGCCAGCGUCGCCUGGCUCAGCUCUUCCUUCAUUUUAAAUAGAAAAAUUAUUAGAGAGAGGUCUGCGUUAGCACAGCAUCACGAGCUUUAGCCCUUAUUUGCCAGUUGGGUGGAUGGUAAUAAGUGUUAAAGCUUAAUGUGCAGACACAGACAGCAGGUACAGCGCUGGGGUCAGAUCCUGCGAAACAGCGAGCAUCCGCAGCCCUCCGAGUUGUGUGCAAGAGAAACGCCACGGCCGCAGGUCCCUGGUGCAGAAAUCUCUUCCUUUAUCCCCCCUCCCCGAGC